AUGUCAUUAUCAAAACCAACUUUAACGUAUAAAGCAUAUGCUUAUAAGAAUGGAAAUUAUCCAAUUGAACUUAUAGAUGAAGAAAUUAAAUUAAGUAAAACACUGACUGGAUCAUUCAUAGCUCCUAAAGGUACAGUCUUGGUAAAGAUCGAGUAUGCUGCUUUGAACCCAUUUGACCAAAAACUUUAUCACUUGAAACCUGCAUUUUUGAAAUAUAUAAACAGUAAACAGGGUUUUGGGAAAGACUAUAGUGGUCAAGUUAUUUCGAUUGGUGAUGAAACGAAAACAAAUGUCAAAGUUGGUGAUCAAGUACAAGGUAUUUAUGGUCCCAUGGCAGGAAAAGGUACCUUGGCUGAAUAUUUAUUAAUUGAUCUUUCAAAUUCAGCAGUAGGAACAAAACCAUCAAAUAUCGAUUUGGCUCAAGCAGCUUCAUUUCCGGUUGUUUUAGGUUCGGCUUUUAGUUUACUAAAAGACUUAAAAUUGGAAGGUGCAAAAAUUGGGAUUUUGGGUGGUAAUACUUCAGUAGGAAAAUACGUUAUACAAAUAGCUAAAAAAAGAGGCGUCAAAGAGAUAGUUACAACCAAUUCAAAGAGAAAUGAAGAUUUAUUAACAAAAUUGGGAGCAACUACUCAAAUUGAUUAUUCUAAGAAUCCCAAAUUUGUAGUAAAUCAAUUUUUAAAUAGUGUUCAGAAAACAGGUGAGUUUGAUUACAUUAUUGAUACUUAUGGAGGCGAUCAAUUGUUUUCUGAUAUAAAUCAUAUUUUGAAGAAGGGUGGUGUGUACAAUACAAGUGUAGGUAAUACUGGUGGAUCAGGCUGGAACUUAUUUUUUGGAAUUUUGACAACAUUCAAAAAAGUAAUUGCUUCAAAUUUAGGUUUAUUAAAUUAUGAAUAUAAUUUUAAAGAAGUAGACCAAACAGGUAAAUGGAUGGAUGAAGCUAAAAAAUUGAUUGAGAAGAACGAAGUUGAAAUUUUCAUUGAUAGUGUAUAUCCUUUUGAUCAAUUGAAUCAAGCAAUCAAGAAAUUAGAUAGCGGUAAAUAUAAUGGUAAAAUUGUUGUGAAAGUUCAACAAUAA